AUGGACAAGGCCACGACCUUCCUGGGCCAGGCUGCCGAGAGCGGGGUCUCGGCUGCCCAGUACACGCUGGGGUGCAUGCUGCUGGACACCCCUCCACAGGACACGGAGGAGAAGAAGUGGGCCGCCCACUGGCUGAACAAGGCCGCCGAGCAGGGAAACAUGAAAGCCCAGCUGACCGUGGGGCGGAUGUUUCUCUUCGGCGUUGGCGUCGAAGAGGAUCCAGCCGCCGCCGCGGAGUGGACCUCCGCGGCGGCAAGCAGCGGCGAGCCGGAGGCCGAGUACAUGAUGGCAUGCCUGCUCCUGACCGGCACGGGGGUGGAGGCCAACCCCGAAUGGUCCAAGCACUGGCUCGAGAAUGCGGCGAGGAAGGGCAUCGUCGACGCGGGCAGGUGCAUGGAGUGGCUGCAGUGCGGGGAGGUCGCCCGCGCGGAGGCGCUCGCGGCCUACCACCUGGGCAUGCUGGGCAUCGAGGAGCAGGGCGCCCCGAGCCGCGAGCGGGCGCAGCGGCUGCUCAUCUCCUCCGCGGAGAAGGGCGAGGCGGACGCCCAGUACAUGCUGGGGAAGAUCUGUUUCUUCCUCUAUGUACCUGGACUCCCCCGACACGGAGGAGUUCUCGGGCGAGAAGCGGGAGGCCGCUCGGCUGCUGACCCAGGCCGCCACGCAGGGCCACGGCCGCGCACAGGUCCUGGCGGGCAAGGUGCACAUGUUCGGCAUCGGCGUCGAGAAGGACGAGCCCAAGGCCGUCGAGUUUAUCACCCUCGCGGCCGAGAGCGGCACGAAGGAGGGCCAGUAUUUGAUGGGCUCGAUGCUGCUCGAGGGCAGGGUGGUCCAGGAUCGGACAAGCCCCUCGCCGCCCAGUGGUUCGAGAAGGCUGCCCUGCAGGGCCACCAGAACGCGCAGUACAACCUCAGCCAAAUGCUCGCCACCGGCGACGGCAUCGAGAUGGACCGACGACGAGAAGGCGACCUACUGGCUGCAGCUCGCCGAGUCGCUGCGCCCCGGUCAGCAGCCCGCGCGGCAGACGCCCGCCAGGGAGGAGCCCCAUGA